CUCUUCUCCCUGGGAAUGUGCUCGGAGCAGUGCAUUGAGAAAGAUGCUGCAGAGAAAUUUGUUUUUUCUGUAACUUUCAAGGCCACUGGGUGCACCCUACCGCGCGUUUCAAUUAAUCGCGAUGGUGAAUCGUUGGUGGUCUCAGGUCCCAGUCCUCGCUGCUCUUCUCCCACAACUGGAAAAACAACUGUGGAGCAGUUUGAGAAAACGUUAAAAGUCAAAAUCUGCGGUAUGAAUCCAUUUUUCGGCGUUGGUUGUGUAGCUUUGCUUUCGAGUGCCAUUACUGUUCUAAAACAGACCGACGAUUUGCCCGGGAAAGGCGGCGUUUUUACACCAGGCGCUGCAUUUCGAAAUACGCACAUAUUGCAAGAAGUUACAAAACAUAAUCCUCGUUUUAAGUAUAAGAUCUUGUAGAAAUCUUUUGUACAAAAUAUUUUGAUUGCAAUAAAAUUUGUUCAAAUUUGUUA